AUGACACGGCGUCGAUGUUCGCUGCGCCUAAUCGCGUUCCUUUUGUUCGCGUCGCGGUGCGCCAUCGCCACCGUGCCAGAAUCGCAGACCGGAAGUGGAGCGUCGUGGGACGCCCCGGAAUCGGCUACGUACGAGGACGCUCUCAAGAUUGCCCAAUGCCAAGCGUACUGCCUUGAUCACAAUGCCUUGAGCUCGGGCAGCAUCCUGGGCCCUCGCAAUCAGCCGUUGCUGGUCCUUGAGGUCGGAGCUGGCGAAGGCUCUCUCCCAAAGCUCGUUAGUCGGUUCAUGGAACUUCGAAUGGAGAAUUCCACGAUAAACGAGCUCUCGGACGAAUUUCUCCUGCCUCCCAGGUGCAACAUGGAGCCUUGCAGAGAGUGCUUUUUUGGAUGCCUUAUUGGCUCAGAACGGAACGGAAGCUGCGGAGCGACAUGCCAAACAGAACAGUGUAACAGUGGAUGCUUGUUCUUUAAUGAGACAAGCACUGCGACGAGCGACCUUGCCUGGACCUUGUCUGCGCCAGAAAUCGUCUGCUACUCGUUGAAAGGAGCUCGAAUAAGCGGUGUUACCUUGAAAUGGAGUUUGCGUGAGGACGCUUUUGGUAACGAAUCGGCGAGCAACACAAGCUCCCGACCUCUGCCAGCCAUGUUCGUGACGGAGGUGAGAACGAGAUCCAUGGCUGCCAAAGAUGCGAAACUGUGGACCACGCUCGGAACGCGCUAUCAGGGACUGAUUCCUGUGACAGACCUCGUCGACGAACAGCACCAGUUUCGAGUCACUGUCGUAUCCAAGAGUGGGCCACUGAGCCAAGCCAGGACAAGCCCAUGGACUUACUAUUCGGAGAAUGUCGCUAUACCGGGUGAACCACUGAACGUCGCCGUGUCCAAAUCGACGCCGGACGGCCACUUCAUCGUCUCUCGGCUCACGUGGUCAACGGGCGACAAGUAUCCUUCGUGCAACUACGCUCUUGACCUCCUGCCGGACAAGUGGAAUGUCCCGCCUUCUCAUUUUAUACUUUCGAAGCCGUACGACGUUUUCCACUACGACAUGCGUGGACUCAGUUUUGACACCAACUACACGGUGGUCCUGCGAAGCACAGACACCACGGAGAAACUGGCCGGUGGCGCCGUCACUGUGUGGUUCAAGACGCCCAGCUGCCUGGACUGCUACCAGUUCAACUUCAGCCUCUGCGCUCCCGGACCCCCCAGCGAACUGAAGGUGCUCGAGGUCCAGCGUCCAUCGUCCACUUGGGUGGCGCCCCCCAGUCGUGGCCUCCGGAUCGCCUGGUCACCGCCGGCGUACGCCUCGGAGGAGAACCGCGUACUCGGCUACCAGGUGACCAUCGAGGAGGAGCGCUCGAUCUUCGACAUCCAGGAGAAGCCAACGCGCAGGAUCAGGCGCACCGUGGGUGCCGAGACACAGCAGCUGAGUGUGUCGGAGAUCCUGGAUGGCGCCCUCUACCGUGUGCUGGUGCAGGCAGAGAGCCCUGCAGGUCUGGGGCAGCCGGCGAUCACCAAGUACAGCAGGCAGGCAGGGUACAGCACCGUGUUGUUGUGGAGCCUCGGGACCUGCGUGGUAUUCGUGGCCGUAGCCGCGGCGACUGCCUCACGGUACGUCGUCCAUCAGCGGCGACGCCCGCCAAAGGCAAUCUCCCAAUGGGAGCUGGGUUCGUCGCCAGCAGCCGCCAAGAAGUCCGCCGAUUCAGAGCUCGAGUUCCUGCAGCUUCGCAGGAGCGCUUUCCGCCUGCUGCACAGGUCCUGGGACACGUACGAGAUUCCCUUCGAGACGCUCGAACUGCACGAGGAGAUCGGCCGCGGCGCCUUCAGCGUUGUGCACAGGGCUCACGUUUGGGUCGGCAAGCUCCGCGAGACGGUCGCCGUCAAGAUGCUCAAAGACCUGCCGACGUCCGAUGAGAGGAGGGACCUUCGGCGAGAGAUUGAACUCCUCAAGCUUGUGGGUAAGCACGCGAACGUGGUCAGCAUGCGAGCCUACUGCACGAUGGGUCCAAGGCUGGCGCUGGUCGUUGAGUACUGCCCACUGGGUGACCUCAGGACGUACCUCAUAAGGACCAGGGCCCGACUCGGAAAAGGGGAAGGUACAUCUGGUGGCGGACAUUUCGCUCAUGAAAACGGCUCGGAUAGUGCUGAUGUAGGUUUGUUCAGUAUAUCUACAACAAGCACCGACUCUGGAAUUCCAGAAGAUCUUGGAGAAGUGCCGUCACUGCUGCAUCUUCUGUCGCUGGCACGGCAAGUCGCCCAAGGAAUGGAGUUCCUGUCCUCGAAGCGCGUGGUGCACCGCGACCUGGCUGCCCGCAACGUGCUGCUCGUCACCGAACACCAUGCCAAGAUCGCCGACCUGGGCCUCUCUAGGGACAUGUACGAGGAAGGCCUGUACCGCAAGCAAGGCGCCGGUCGCCUGCCGGCCCGCUGGAUGGCACUCGAGUCGCUCUCCCACAUGACCUUCAGCACCAUGAGCGACGUGUGGUCCUUCGGCGUGCUCCUGUGGGAAGUGGCGAGUCUGGGCGCCACGCCUUACCCUGGCGUCGCCAACCACCAGCUGCUGGACCUUCUGACGACAGGCCACCGCUUAGAGAAGCCCGCCAGUUGUCCACAGGAAACGUACGACCUGAUGACUUCAUGCUGGAACGCCAUCCCCAUCUGCAGGCCAACGUUUUCGGCGAUCGUGAGCAAGCUCGACGAAAUCCUGGAACAGUCGCAGGGCUACUUUAACUUCAAUACGGAGUCGGAGUAGCACGGCUUUCCCGUCACUCAGUGCAGCGGCAGCCAUUUGACGGUUCUCAAGUUCAAGUUGCAUAAAGCACGGUUUCCGUGCACAAGGACUGGAGCAGGACGCACCAGGACAGUUGUGGCAACACAAGUACUACUCUUACUUUAGUU